GCGAUCGUCCGUUCAAUACAUGACCGCCACUCGUGCGCACAUCAGUACGGGGUAGCAUACAGCAUGGACAAGACUUUGAUAGUGUUUGCGUGCCUUUGUGGCUUCGCCGCCGCUCAAUUCAAUAGCUUCGGCAGCUUUGGUGUCUCAUCAAACGCCGGAGCCUACAACAACUACAACAGAGGCCAGCAGCCCCAGAACAGACAGAUCCAGGAAGCCCCCAGACCCACUGGAGUGUGCAAGGAGCUGAACGAACGGUACCCCGUACCUGGAAGCUGCGACAAAUAUGUUGAAUGUCUUAACGGAACUGCUGAAGAAAAGCUGUGCCCUGAUGGUCUUCGCUUCAACCCCAACGUGAACUUCAACGUGUACCCGUGUCAAUACCCCAACGAAGUGUCAUGCCUCGAGCGAUCCGCGCUACAGCCUGCCCAGCCAACUGAACAAUGCGAGCACCAGUUUGGAUACUACAAACUUGGAGAUGCCCGCAACUGCAGUUACUUCAGAAACUGUGUCAAUGGAGUAGGCUACGACUUCCAGUGCCCUGAAGGUCUUGCCUGGAGCUCUUCUUCCUACCGCUGCGAGUGGCCUGAUGAGGUCGACGACUGUGAUGCUGAAGCUUUCCUCGGAUUCCGCUGCCCCGAGGUCCCUAUCUCCAAGGAGCUGGGUGCCCCCGCUGGCUUCAGAUACUACAGGGCCGAGAACAACUGCCAGAAGUACUUCCUCUGCAUCGGCUCCAAGCCCCGUGUGCUCUUCUGUGGCAGCAACACAGGUUAUGAUGAGCUGACGAACACCUGUGUCUCAGCUGACGAAGUCCCUGCCUGCCCCUCUGAACUCAGGGCCCAAGCUGCCCGCGUUAGGGAGGAAGAAAAACAACUCCUCGCCAAAGAACUGGAAUUCAACGCCAAAACGACAAACAAGAGGCGUUACCAAUAUAACUAAAUUAAUAAACCUCACAAUAGCAUCAAAUGCCAUCCCCGAUGCACAUUUUGAGACAACCCUGUUUCAAAAUUACUUCUAGUCUAAACUUACUUUUGAGUUACCAACGUUUGUGUUAUAGAGUACGAUAAUUGUUUUAUUAUUUGUAUUGUUAUACAUUACCAUCUCCCCAGUUUUGUACCAGGCAACCAUGCCAAC